GUGAUGAGAUGACAGCCACGAUACAAAACGCCCGACGUGCUGCUUUUGUCGUGAAUAACAGAAAUAAGAACUGACUAUGGACUGCAAGUGGAGAACCAGCAGUUGGCAUGAAGUGUAGCCUGAUAUAUUGAUGAUAUACCCCCGGACGUGUACUUUUUGAUAUGGACCAUUAUUGUUACACAUUACCACCCGAUUGAAUCCAUUGAUGGUUCAGACCAUGUAUACACCGCAGGAGGUCUUCUCAAAUGCCAUGGACUCUGGGGAGGACUGAACAGCCAUUGAACAUUCAUGCAGAGACGGUUGGAAUUAACCUUUCUGGAUGAAUUUUGUAUCAUUUGCAAAUUCACCAGUAGCAAAGUUGGUACAGCUUGAUCACUUCAGUUUGAGAAGCUGAUCUGUGCGAUUAGAUAUUAAAACUGAUUCAUGUAUACAGUGCAGUUGGAUGAAAUGAUCUGUGGAUUGACUGAUGAAUUUUGCAAAUUUAUUAGUUAGCAAAGUUGUGCAAUCGGACAAGCUGAAAAUAUUCAUGUACAAUGGCUCCCCGCCAAAGAACCGUCAACAAGAAACUACAUCAUAGAGAAACUUCAAGACCUUCCUCCAGCAACAAAAGGGUGAACGCUAAACCCCCUUCCUCCUCCUCAAAUGGAGCAAGUCUGGGACACAGAAGCCAAAAUGGUGUGGAAGAACACACUGCAUCUCUAUUCUCAACAACCAGACGUAACUGGUUAAUGUACUCUUCCAUCUUUGUACUCGCUACGCUGUGCUAUGUGAACACUCUUGGCUAUGACCUGGUUCACGAUGACGUCUUUGCUGUUCAGAACAACAGAGAUGUACGCCCGGGUACCCCGCUACGUAACUUGUUGUGGGAUGACUUCUGGGGUAAACCGAUGAGCGAUAAUUCUAGUCAUAAGUCGUACAGACCAUUGUGUGUCUUGUCAUUCAGAUUAAACUACCUUGUGCAUGAGUUACAACCCUUUGGUUAUCAUUUGGUUAAUGUCAUCUUGCAUGCCGUGGUCAGCAUUGUCUUCACCUGUGUCUGUCAGACAGUCGUAUUCAAUGAGAUGUUACCAACAGCUAUUGCGGGAAUCUUCUUCUCAUCACACCCUAUUCACACAGAGGCAGUUGCUGGUGUGGUCGGUCGUGCCGAUGUAAUGGCAUGUCUGUUUUUCUUGCUGUCAUUUCUUGCGUAUGAAAGGAGUAUCAAGACGAACAAGUCGGGUUUUGCCGUCACUGUCAAGCCAGCAUGUCUAGUACUCAGCCUCCUGCUUGCUGUCUGUGCACUACUGAGCAAGGAGCAUGGUGCUACCAUACUAGGGGGCCUUGUUAUCUACGAUGUCAUGGUGACAUCACAGCCUGGAAUAAGCAGGGCACUGAUAACUAGACGAUUUGGGAGGGGCUGCAUGCCACUCAUUAAACGAAGUGCAAUUAUUGUUGCAACAGUACUGGUGUUGCUCCUACUCAGGGUAUGGAUGCUACAGGGCCACUUGCCUCAUUUCUCUGCACAAGACAAUCCUGCAUCAUUUGCUCAACAUCUCCUCACAAGGUUUUUGUCCUACAGCUACUUGGUUUUCUUCAACGUCUAUCUACUACUGUGUCCAUCCACACUGUCCUAUGAUUGGCAAAUGGACAGCAUUCCAUUGGUGGAAACAUUAUGGGAUGUUCGUAACCUAGCAACUCUUCUAACAUUCGUCAGUCUGGGUCUCCUUGCGGUGUGUUCAAUUCUUCUGAAAAAGGAGGAUGAGAGGAAGAUAUUAGUUAUUGGGUUAUCAUUUCUUGCCGUACCGUUCCUUCCUGCCUCCAAUCUCGUCAUCAGAGUAGGAUUUGUUGUCGCAGAACGGAUCCUCUACAUUCCAAGUAUGGGUUACUGUAUAUUGUGUGCUCAUGGUCUCAACAAGCUGCGGGGAGUAAGUAGUAAAUAUGGAACAGCGGUUGUGGCUGUUCUAGUUACUGUCAUCUCCAUUUUGUAUGCUGGUAAAACAGUCAACAGAAAUCAGGUCUGGAAGUCAAGGGAAAGUUUAUUCCGGUCCGGUUUGGAGACAUUACCACAUAAUGCUAAGAUGCAUUAUAACUAUGCUAACUUCCUGAUGGAUUCAGGGCAGAAGGAGCAAGCAAUACACCACUAUCAAACAUGCCUCAGACUAUGGCCUGAGCAUGCGAGUGCCAACAACAACCUGGGAACUCUGCUGAAAGAUAACCCUGAGGAAGCCGAGGCUCAUUACCGUAACGCAUUACGCAUCAACCCUGACCAUGUGAGGGCGCACUUCAAUCUUGCCAGUCAUCUGAGCAAACAUGGCCAAGUAAACGAUGCCGAGGUUCUGCUCUACCAAACCAUUCAUCUUGACCCAGAGUUUGCCGAUGCCCAUACCAAUCUUGCCUCCCUCCUAGAGGCCAAAGGUCAACUCACUGAAGCAGAACAACUCUACCUGAAUGCCAUCACCUUAGAACCGAGCAAUGGCGACUAUUGUAAUAACUACGGAGCAUUCCUGACAAAUACAGGGCGUUAUGAGGAUGCAGAAGCUCAGUAUCAAGAAUGUUUACGGCUUCAACCUAACCACACUAUCACUCUGGGCAACCUGGCAAGACUACUCAGGAAGCUGGGACAAACCAAUGAGGCAGAACAACUCUUACUAAGGGCUUUAUCGCUGGACAAGCAAGCCGCCACGCUGGAAAGUCUCGCUGCAUUAUACUUCAAUACAGAUCGGCCAGAGAAAGCAUCUGAAGCAUACAGAGAAGCUAUACAACUCAAUCCACAUAACGCACAGACGAGAACUCAUUAUGGUCAGGUUUUAGCAUCUCUUCGGCAUGUUGAUAAAGCCAUUAAGGAACUCCAGUCAGCUUUAGAAGUGGAUCCAGCGUUUGCUGAUGCUCAUCGGCAACUGGCUAGCGUCUAUGCACUAGCUGGCAAACAUAAGGAGGGAUUGCGGCAUGCUUCGAUUGCUCUUCAGCUAGAACCAGGAGCUGAACCGUCUAAGAAGGCGGGUAUAUUAUUCGAGAUUGGGAACUUCUUGAAGGAACUUGGUAGAGAUCAAGACGCUGUACAGAGUUAUGAGGAGGCGUUGAAGCUGAACCCAGAUCUAAGCUCGGCUCAUCUGAAUCUCGGCGCCAUGUUUCAUCUAAAAGGUGAGUACAGUGGAGCUAGGAGACACUACACUGAGGCACUGGGACUAGAGCCUGAUAAUCAGACACUCUUACAGAAUAUCGCUAAGCUCAAUAGGGCAGAGCAAAGAGCUGCAAAACAAAGAGAACAAAAGUAGCUUAGAACACGCUAUAAGUGUGUUCUCCCCACUGCUAGAGAACAUCGCUAAGCUCAAUAGGGCAGAGCAAAGAACUUUAAAACAAAAAGAACAACAGUAGCUAAGAGCGUGCUCAGGUGUGUUACCUCCCCAUUACUACAGAACAUUGCUAAGCUCAAUAGGGCAGAGCAAAGAACUUUAAAACAAAAAGAACAACAGUAGCUAAGAGCGUGCUCAGGUGUGUUACCUCCCCAUUACUACAGAACAUUGCUAAGCUCAAUAGGGCAGAGCAAAGAACUUUAAAACAAAAAGAACAACAGUAGCUAAGAGCGUGCUCAGGUGUGUUACCUCCCCAUUUCUACAGAACAUUGCUAAGCUCAAUAGGGCGGAGCAAAAGAACUUUAAAGCAAAAAGAACAACAGUAGCUAAGAACGCGCUCGAUUGCGUUACCUCCCCAUUACUACAGAACAUUGCUAAGCUCAAUAGGGCGGAGCAACUAUGAGCAAGUUAACAACUGUAGCUUCAAGAACACCCUACAAGUGUGUUACUUCCCGACCCCCCCCCCC